CUGACGUGCACACUCUUCUUCUUCGUCUUCCUUUUUUCUUUUUUUUUUUUUUUGGGGGGGGGGAGAGUCUGCACACUUUUUAGUAGCAGGCUGCGGUGGAUGCUUGUUUGUCCGACGGCCCUUGAAGGCGGCAAAGAAGAAGACACGAAAGAAGAAGAAGAGAAAAGAAGAAGAGAAGGAGAAGAGGGGACCAACUCUGGCCGCGCCGUUUGGGAGUUGCGGCGUGGAAAAAAGAAAAGGAGAAGAGGUCCCGGGCUCAUCCAGAGGCGCAUCUGCACCCCACUUGAAGAGGGGACGAAGCCCCCCCCCCCCCCCCCCCAAACCCUCCCCCGAAAAAGUGCACAGAAAGACACACAAUUAUCCCGUCUCCAUGCGGUGCUGAGGAAUGAGCAUUCGCCAUGGAAACCCAGUCCCAGGCCAGUUCCGCAGCUGAGAAGAAGAAGAGGGUGGAGACCAUCGUAGCGACCAAGGGCUCGUCGGCACGCAAUGACAUCAGCGAGAAGGCGGUGGCCUCCAGCACCACGUCCAACGAGGAUGAGAGCUCGGGCCCGCCGUACCACCGCGAGAGGCGCAACGCCCUCGGAUCCGAGCGCAACGUGACCGAGGAGCCGUCCACGUCCACGGAGGAGCGGCCCUCGCUGCUCAAGAAGGAGCUCCACGGCUCCCUGCCCCACCUGGCCGAACACGCUCUGCCCUACCGGGGGACCCUCUUCGCCAUGGACCCCCGCAACGGCUACCUGGACGCGCACUACCCUGCACCGCAGUUCUUCCCGGCCUUUCACCCGCCGGUGCCCAUCGACGACAGGCACGCGCAGGGUCGCUACAUCUACGAGCCUUCGCCCGUACCCCCUCUCCACGUGCCUCCGGCACUGGCGGGCAGCCCGGCCUUCUCGGACAUCUCCCUCAUCCGCAUCUCGCCGCAGCGAAACCCCUCGGUGGGGGCCGAGUCUCCCUUCCACCCCUCGCACCCGUACAUCAACCCCUACGUGGACUACCUCCGCUCCCUGCAGCCCCUCGCCAGCCCGUCCAUCGCCGUGCUGUCGGCCACCAGAGGCCUCAGCCCGGCCGACGCCCCCCACGCAGGCCUGACGCCCUCUGAGUACUACCACCAGAUGGCCCUCCUGGCGGGCCACCGCAGCCCCUACUCGGCCGACCUGCUGCCGUCCGUGGCUGCCUCGGCCGGUUCGGGUGCCGCCGGCGCCCUGCACAUGGAGUACCUGCAGGCCAUGGACAGUUCUCGCUUCCCGAGCCCCAGGCUGCCGUCGAGGCCCAGCAGGAAGCGGCCGCUGCCCAUCUCGCCGCUGUCGGAGCACAGUUUCGACCUGCAGACCAUGAUCCGCAACUCGCCCAACUCGCUGGUUACCAUGCUCAACAACUCACGGUCCAGCUCAUCCACCAGCGGAUCCUAUGGACACCUGUCGGCCGGAGCCAUCAGCCCUGCGUUGAGCUUCGCCUACCCGCCGACGCCGGUGGCCCUGCACAUGCACCAGCAGCUGAUGGGGCGCCAGCCGGGCAUGGUGGGCUCCGCCUUCGGCCACAGCCCGCCGCUCAUCCACCCGACACCGGCCUUCGCCACCCAGAGGCCCGUGUCUGGCUUCACGGCCACCGCCGCCGGCGGGCUGGGCGCCGGCGAGCGCUCGGCCGUCUCGGGUGACUCCUCGCAGAUCAAACCCACCAGCGAGUCUGCGGUGAGCAGCACCGGCGACCCCAUGCACCACAAGCGCUCCAAAAUGAAGCCAGAGGAGGAGAUGCCAAGCCCGGGAGCACUCAGCAUCCAGGAUCAUCCCGACGGCAUAACGCUGGUGAAGGAGGAGGGCGACAAGGACGAAGGCAAACAGGAGCCAGAGGUGGUCUACGAGACCAACUGCCACUGGGAGAACUGCUGCCGCGAGUUCGAUACCCAGGAGCAGCUCGUGCAGCACAUCAACAACGACCACAUCCACGGGGAGAAGAAGGAGUUUGUGUGUCGCUGGGAGGAAUGCUCCAGGGAGCAGAAGCCCUUUAAGGCCCAGUACAUGCUGGUGGUCCACAUGCGGCGGCACACCGGCGAGAAGCCUCACAAGUGCACGUUCGAGGGCUGCGCCAAGGCUUAUUCCCGUUUGGAGAAUCUCAAGACUCACUUGCGCUCGCACACGGGCGAGAAGCCGUACGUGUGCGAGCACGAAGGCUGCAACAAGGCCUUCUCCAAUGCCUCGGACCGAGCCAAGCAUCAAAACCGCACGCACUCAAACGAGAAACCCUACGUGUGUAAGAUCCCCGGCUGCACCAAACGCUACACGGACCCCAGCUCCCUGCGCAAGCACGUGAAGACGGUGCACGGGCCUGAGGCGCAUGUCACCAAGAAGCAGCGUGGCGACUACCCGCGGCCCCCCGCGCAGCCCCGCGAACCGGGCGCCAACGGCCAGGGACACUCGCCUGGGCAGCUGGGACUGGGCGGCUACAUGGACCAAAGGGAAUACAGCAACCACGUUACCUCCAAGCAGGACGACUGUCUGCAAGUCAAGUCCAUCAAGACGGAGAAGCCCAUGACGUCUCAGCCAAGCCCUGGCGGUCAGUCUACAUGCAGCAGUGACCAGUCCCCCGUCAGCGCCUAUCCCAGCGGUGGAGUCCAGCUUACUGUGAGCGCCGGACGCUCGCCAGGGGAGGGGCCGGACGAGGAGGAUGAGGAGGACGAGGAGGAGCAAGAGGUGGAGGAUGGCUGCCGGGGCGGGCCAGCGCCCAUCAUGGAUUCCACCAUCUCCACGGCGACGGCAGCCACGCUGACCCUGCAGGCGAGGCGCAGCGUGGGCCGCCCCCUGCGCUGGAUGGAGCACCUGAAGAUGGAGAGGCUUAAGCAGGUGAACGGAGCGAUGCCCAGGCUGGGGCCCCUGGCUCCCACGCCGCCCCCCAAAGGGUCGGCGCUCACCGGCAUCCAGGGGAAGGGAUCCUGUCUGGGCAAGCAGUGGACGUCAGCCGCGCCUCAGCCCCCCGCUCACCCCGAGCUGGCCGGCACGACCGAGUUAACGGUGCUCAACUUGCUCCGGGACCGGCGCGACAGCAGCGGGAGCGCCGCCAGCUCGGCCUACCUGAGCAGCAGCCGGCGCUCGUCGGGCAUCUCGCCGUGCUUCUCCAGCCGCCGCUCCAGCCAGGCGUCCCAGAGCGAGGGCGUGGCGGGCGGCGCCCAACACCGCCGCCUCCACAACCUCAGCUCCACCGACUCGUACGACCCCAUCUCCACCGACGCUUCCCGCCGCUCCAGCGAGGCCAGCCACUAUGGAGGCGGAGCGACGGGGAGCGGUGGCAUACUUUCAGGUGGCGUCUGUGGGGGUGUUGGAGGUAGCGGAGACGGAGGAGGGUCCCGUGGUAUACUCACUUUAACCCCCGCGCAGCACUACCACCUGAAGGCAAAGUAUGCCGCGGCAACUGGUGGCCCGCCGCCCACGCCGCUACCCAACAUGGAGCGCAUGAGCCUCAAGACUCGCAUGGCCAUGAUGGAUGAAGGCAGCACCAACCAGCAUUUGCCGCCACUCGCCGUGCCACACCGCUGCACCGAGGCCACCAACGGGUUCGUGGGACAUCCAGGCUACAGGAGGAGGGUGUUCUACCCUGGCGAGGGACCCGUGGCAGCCAACCGGAGGGCCAGCGACCCGGCGCGGACGCAGCCUUCGGACAUUUGCGCUUUGCCCGCCGUGCAGCGCUUCAACAGCCUGAGCAACCUUCACCCUCUUCCGCCUCUAUCCCAGCACCAGCCGCCGCCCCUCGACACGCGCAACCUGAACCUGCAGAAUUACACCCGCUCGGAGGGCAACCUGCAGAGGGGCUCGCAACACUCUACGUACACCCCAAGUAUCGCAGAGCAUGCCGCUUUGGAAGCUUUGGCCAUGGAGGGCGACGGGGAGGCAUACUCUCUACUCGGGGAUGAAGAUAUACUUCCCGAUGACAUGGUGCAGUAUCUCCGCUCCCAAGUCCAGGCAGACAGUGGACCAUACAUGCACAUAGAGGACCGGAUAGUCUCUGGUGAAAGGGAGAUCUCACAACACUCCAUGGAAGGGACAGAGGGGAUGAACUUCCAGGCCAACCACUGCCUCCAACAGCAGCAGACGGUCCAGAGGAGGAGCCCCAGCUUGCUUCCCAUCCAGUGGAACGAAGUGAGCUCCGGUAGCGCCGAUCGCUCUCCGCAGAGGGAUCGCAACUGCGCAAGGUGGUCCAGCGGGCAGGCCGCUUCAGAGCCUUUCGGCAGGUUCGGAAACAUGGUGGUGCAGCAGAAUCCGCCGCUGGGUUUUCACAACAGUUGCUCUCAGGCCAACCAGAGGCAAGGCCCCACCGUGGUGAAGCUGGAGACGUCCCCCAACUCGUGUAUGGAGAUGAGAGGAGCCGCACCCAACGGCUUUGGCAGGCCUCACUUCCCCAAGACCAUUGAUGGACCUCUUGCGCAACAAGCCUCCAGAAUGCAGAACCACUUUCAGCAGAACCUUAACAGCAGAGUCUCCUGCCACACCCUGACUCGGGCUUCCAUAGACAAUCUCCCAAGCGUCUCCCAGGAUAAAGUCCUUUAUCCCAAUCAGAAAGGCCCACGGCCACCCGCCAACACUUACAGGAACUUGGCGAGGAACCAUCUUAACCCCAGAAGCUGCACUGAAGUUCCGCAGCAACUGCAGAAUGGUGGGACCCUCUGUUCCCUAAAGCUGGAGGCCUCGGAACACGGAUACCUCCAGCCAGGCUUCAGUGAUCCCAUUUCCUUCCAGCAAACAGAUCACAAGGCAGCCUCAUUCCCGAUCCUGGAAGACCACUACUUGCUGGACUCCUUAGAUGGCGGCAACGGUCCGGGCGACUGCGUCUCCCUCUUGUCUCCCGCGUCUGACCAAGUGACCAGUACUGUUGAGGCCGGAACGGUGCCCGCCGCAGUGUUGGACGAAGUCAUAUCUCUGGACUUUGGCGCCAUGAUGGAGGACGGCUUCGACCAAGGCAGCCUGGUGUCGGGCCCGUUGAGCCCCUCCAUUUUCCAAGGUCUGUCCAGGACCUCGUCCCGUUUGACCACCCCUCGGGGGUCGGCCACCUUCCCGGCCGCGGUGGCUCCCGGCGUCAACAACAUGGCCAUCGGCGACAUGAGCUCCCUACUCAGCAGCCUCGCCGAGGAGAGCAAGUUUCUUGCCAUCAUGCAGUAGCCACCCUCGCUCCUCUGCUUUCUUCUCUCGGAAAAAAAUGGUGUAUGUGAAGGCAAAAAGUGGCAAUUAUGAGAACGUUUUAAAAAGAUUUACUCUCACGGAGAAGCGGGAUGAAAAUGAUGUACAGAUAAAGAAUAGUUUUAUUCCUUUUUCGGGAACGAAGGCUGUUUUUCAGGCCCUUUUUCUUUGUAUGACAAUGUGAGCUCACGUCUUCAAACAGUAUUCUUGCGUAUUGUCACUGUUUUUGCUGUGCACACUGUUGGUAAGAAAACAAUAACACUAGAAGAUGAAUAAUAACGCAUGUAUUCAAGGAGAAACACUGUCGUAACGACAGUGUCGUUACAAGCCGAUAUUUCCUGAGCCACGAAGCCAUCAAACUUCACCGUCACGCUCCGCCCACAAGGAAUGACAAUGUUUGCCAUUUUGUCAUUGUCCAUGUAUGUGUCUUGCAUACAUGCUUGAAAUUUUGUAGCAAUCAGACAAAAAUCUCGAGGAUACGUUUGCUUUUGAAGAAAACCUGCAAAUUCCCUAAAAUGACCGCUUCACAACCAAAAUGUCAGACUUGUUGUGUAUUUUCCUUAAUGGCUUCUUGAGACUUUUUUUUUUUAGUGGGUCUCCUCGUGAGAGACUUGCCGAGCAAACUUUAGCUUGCUAAGUGAAAAGCGAUUUUAUUCAAAACAUUUUGGUGGUUUCGAAUGCGUCAUCAAAGCUCACCCACACGCAAUGACGCAAACUCAAAUGUUGAGUAAUUUCACAUCACACUUUUUGUCUAGUGUACGUAGUUCAAAUUUGGUAGCAGUUGGAAAAAAAAAUCUUUAGGACAAGUUUAGUCUUUUAAUGACACCUGGAAAUAGCCAAAUUGACCCCAAAAUGGCCACUUCAAACCAAAAUGGCAGACUUCCUUUGUAGGGUUCUUAAGACUUUUUUGCGGGUCUACUCAUGUUCGACGUUUCUACCAUCUUUCCUGAUGCGAAAUGAAACUGGCUUCAUGGGGCUGAAUUUUCUUAAAAGCCAAAAAUGACCGAGAAAUAGUCGCUUUAAUUCAAACCAAAAUGGUGGAUUUUCUGUGUCUUUUGAGGCAUGACUUCUUGAGACUUUUUUGUGGGUCUACCAAUGUUGGACAUGUCUACCAAAUGUCAUGUAGCUAAGUGUAAUUGGCUUUGUGGGCGGAAUUUCCUUUGAAUGUCCCCUGGAAAGAGCCAAAAUGACUCUGUAAUGGCCACUUCAAUUCAAACCAUAAUGGCAGACGUCCCCUGUAUUUUCAGGCAUGGCUUCGUGAGACUUUUUUGUGGGACUACUCAUGAUCGGUAUGUUUACCAAGUUUCAUGUUGCUCGAUGAAACCGGCAUCGGGGGCUGAAUUUUCAAAUAUUUCUUCGCUGGUUGCAUCAUGUGUUCACAAAUUCAGGAAGACUUUUUAAUGGCUCCUGAUGGGGGGGGGGGCAAGUUUCCCAAGCCCUGAUUUCCUGUCAGUGUUUCUACCCAGUGAUGUUUUUUAAGAGAAAGUACAGUGCAAAAAAAAAAGGAAAAAAAUCUAGGCUGAAACAAUCAAGUAUUAAGAUUGAGUUUGUCUGGUGCGGUACUCCAGUGUAUAUACUGUAACAGUGUUUUUAUAUUCUCUUUUUUCAGGUGCUUACUCACAUACGUACUUUUGUCUUAAUGGACGCUGACGCUGGUCCAGCAGCACAUGAUUUUUUUUUUUUUUAAUGCUGUACAGUAGUGAUGUGUUUAUUAAUUUUUUUAUGAUUUUUGUCUUCUCCAAAGCUCUUAAAUUCCGCCGUCAAGUAUUGCAGCGACGUCGUCACCAGUGUUAGUCUUACUGUUGCCUUGCCUAUUCUAUUUCCUUUACAUUUUUAAUUUGUACACGCGUGCGCAAUAUCGAAAGUAGUUUAGCAUCAAAGCAAUGAGGUACAUUUUUUGUUUGUUUGCUUUUUGGUACUUUUUUGUAGCAGGGCAUUGAUGUAUUGUUUUCUUUUUUAAUGAAUAAUGGGGGAAAAAAGAACUAUUUCCUUUCAAAGGAGGAAAUUGCAUUGAGGUAUGUGCCUUAUACGUUUCAGUAAAGAGAAGAAACACUGCCAAUCUUCCAUUGUGAAUAAUGAAGAAAAGAAAAUCAACAUGGGGAAAAAAAAGAACAUUUAUAUUAAAAAAAUGUCCAAUUAUGCGAAGAGCCCAGAUUUGUCAGUUGCAUUUGACUAUUUGAUUUGAUUUUGUUUUCACAUUUUUC